CUGUUGAAGGCGGCGUUGGAGACGGCGGCGUCGAUGCACCCGACGGACGCUCGGUCGACGCUGGCGGCGAUCAAGCGGAUGGGUCUGGGCGGAGCGAUGGACGCGAAGACGCGGCGCGCGCUGGAGGCGGCGGCGGCGGCGACGGGCGAGGAGGCGAACGCCCUGCGAAGGUCGCCGACGGCCAAGGAGAGGCGCGAGGCUCGGAGAGGGGGCGGGCGACCGGGAGAGAUGCGUUGAGAUCCCUCGACGCGUACAUACGAUAUGAUACACACAUCGCGCGAUUGGAACAAUCGCCAUUGG